GUAUAAAAAGGCUAGAAAUCUCCCUCCAUCUUCGUCUUGACUCUGUAUCUACAUCCCCCAACACUCAUCAUCCCUACAAGCAUACCAACAACCACUUCUUUCUAUAUAAACUACCCAUUUAUAUCAUCAUCAUCACCAUCAUGCAAUUCACUGUCACUCUGAUUAUGGCUCUGGCCAGCGCUGUCUGUGCUACUCCUGCCAACCUUACCCCCAAGUCUGCUCAGAGCGGCCCCUGUGCUCAGGGUGACUGCCCUGACAACAACAGCGAGUUCGACAUGGUGUACACCAACGAGAGCGGUAAUACAUCUGAUUACAUCCGCGUUAAGGACGGGUGCACUGGCAACUGCUUCUCUCACUUCACUGGUGGUGGUGGUGGUGGCUGCAGCCGCACCCAGCUCUGCGGCCGCUGGCAGAACAUCUGCGUGGAUCCUACCAAUGGCCGUGCUUCUCGUCAUUUCGAGGACACCAAUGAGACACAGUGCUUUGACUUGGACCACCAGGACCUUGGUGCAUGCCCAGGAACCAACAUCUUUAAUCGUCAGGUCUUCAGACCCAUCAACCAGAGGGGUUGCUAAGCAGAGCACACCUCUGCUCUAAACGGUGGCCUUUUACGAGAAAGAGUGAAGAUGACGGGAAACGAUACAUCAUAUCCAC